ACACAUAAACAUAAAUUAGUGUAUUUGUUGCGGUCGGUGUCUGGUCCGUUCUUUCACUCUUCACUCUUCACUCUUGACUUGAGUCUUCACUUCCUCUUCUCUAUCUGUCCCUUUCCUUUCCUUUUUCUCUGUGUCAUUUUCAGCUUAUUGUCGCUGUGUCUGCGGGGAAGGAACAAGGCACCACACCAUCUGCUUCGAAUCUUCACCAAACCUUCGUCGUUUAUCAGUGAGUCACUAUAAGUCAGUAAUUACAACUCUUGUGCUCGUGUGUUCAGUUGAAUUUCAAGGUGCUUCAUAGUUGCUGGUAAUUUCUUCGUAAAUUUCGUUGAUUGUGCAUUCUUUUCGCUCCAAGAUAAUUGAUUAAAUAAUUAGAUCUGUGUUUAGAGCAUUUUCCUUAGGGCUCGUUAACUUCUCAUCUUUAAAUGUCAUGCACCUAUACAAAGCUGGUUGUCCUAGUUCCAGAACAAAGAGGUAGGAAAAUUGAGAAAAACAAUUGAGAUGAUUACUUUUUUUUUUUACACAGUGACAGGCUUGUCGUCAUCGAUUGAGAUGAUUUUGGGUCAAUUCUCAUUUACUAGUUAGGGUACAUGAGAAAUAGGCAGGAAGAAAUUUGCCUUGUAUGUUUGGAUUGUCAUUCUUUUAAUUGCCAUUUGCAGAAAACAUAAUUGCCUCCAUAAAAAUUAUGGUAUGCCAAAUGCAGAGUUAUGUAAUGUAUCUUCUGAAUCAUCCAACUCCACGUGUGCUUUUACUAUGUUGAAUUGAAAUGCAUGUCUUGCCUAAGUGCUUCUUGCUACAUUAUAUCUUCUAAUACCCAUUUAUAGGGCAUACUUCUUUUCAUGGGUUCACUUUUUUGUAUUCCAAAUAUAAAAUGAAUGUGUUUGGAAAUAUGUUGAGUUGAAGGCAGUGUUAACAGUGGUGGAAGGACAUAAUUCUGCCACAUAAACCCACCAUUGCGACCUAUUGUGUCACCAUAGCAGGUCUCCCUUCACAAAUUGCCUAUGGUAGCUGGCAAAAAAUCUGCCACACCAUGGCGGCCGGCCAUGUGCUGCCAUUUAACAACAAUGACCGAAACGUCAAUCCAUCCUUGGGGUUCCUUCUACGUUUGGUGCAUUGAAACUCGGAAACCUUCAUUGAGCGAGAUGCAAAUGGGUUUCCAAACACAGGCGUUACUGAAAUUAACUUUGGUUGGUGUAAAUGCGGUAUAAAUGUGUUCACCGGGUAUUCAGGAGUGUGACGCUUUGGCAUUAAUUGUAGACUAAAUCAAUAAAACUUCCACGAUACUUUGUCUUUAGUUAUGAUAUCGUCAGCAGGCCUGCUAAUUUUGAAAUAGAGGUAUUUUAAUGGUUUUUCCUGGACUUAUCUUUAGGGUCUGAAAGCAUUUGAUGUGCUAUUUUCUUGGUAGUUAAUUUUUUAAUGCUGUGUAUUUUUUUUUUUUAUGUAAUUCUGAUCUAGAUACCUUUUGGAAGAACUUUUACUACUUAGUAAUAAUGUUCGGCUGCCAGUGUGAAAUAACCUGUCAUCCAUUGUGUAAAUAUUCUAUUAUGGAUAUUUUCCUCAAGAUUGUACCUUUUGAUAUAUAUUUUCUUCAUCAUUGGAAUUUUUAUUAUCCUUUCCAUAUUUCUACUGAAGUGUCCAGUGUUUCACUUGAUACCAUACUUUUCCUAAAAAAGAUUGUUGAAGUUUAUCUUACACUUUAUGUAUACAUUUAUCCUAAAUCUGAACAUCUAACCAGAAAAAGGCUUCUAUGAACAUUGAUUAUCAAUUAUCUGAUCUCAGUCAACUUUACGUAUUAUAUGUUAAAAUUAUUAAAUGUUUAUUUUGGGUAAGAACUAAGCUAACAUUGGAACUUUCUGUUCAGGUUCUUUUGGUACGAUACAUUCCUCUUUUAUUGUCUAUAAUGUGGAACAGAAUAGUUCUCUUCAGUGGAGAUUUGGAUGGCAUGUAUGAAUUUGCCAUUUUACAGACAAGAAUCAUAGAUUUGUCCCUGUAAUGCACAUACGACAGCUGGUUAUUGACAAAUGUUAAUUUGCACAAGUUAGUAGAUAUUUUUUGUCAUUUUUUUGUGUGUUUUGCAAGUUUCUCUAAAAGACAUGUCAUCAUGGUGGGAAAAGUCUUCAUCCAAAGAUGUAAAGAGGAAAGAAAAAAGGAAAAGUAUUAUUGAUACAAUACAAAGGAAAUUAAAUAAAUCAAGAGGGUCUAGGAGAAAUCAUAGUCACACUAACUCAGAGAAGGGAACCACAUCCCUUGUACCUACAACAUCACCAUCACCCUCAACACAUGUUUCCCGCCUACAAAGUUUUGCGGAAAGACCUCUUGCUCAGCCACUCCCACUCCCAGGGACGCACUGCUCCUCCACCAAUCGAGCAAAUUCUGGAACUAGUGUAACAUCAAAACCACAAAGCACCUGGGGCUUGAAAUCAUCUCUAUAUUUCCCCUUACCAAAACCUGGUUGUGUUUUUAACAGGGGAGAACCUACAGAUGCCGAGGAAGAUAUUGCCACUGCAUCAAUUUCUAGUGGCAGCUCUAUUGAUAGUGAUGACCAAUGUGACUCACAUUUCCUUAGUCCUCUGGCAUCUGAUUCUGAAAAUGGAAACCAAGCUACCGUUCACAAUACCGUCAGUGUGGUUCACAAGGAUCAACCACCCAUUACUAUCCAAAAAAACUCAAGAGUAUCCUCAAAACCAGCUCCUCAACUGUGUAAUCAUCAACUUUUAUAUAACACACCCAAAGGGGCUUCUUUGCAUCUGCCGAAUCCGCAAAUAGCUUCUUCAGGUGGUUUGUGGAGUGCUCCAGACAGUUCAAUGUCAAGUCCUUCUAGAAGUCCACUGAGAAUGUUUGGUUCCGAGCAAGUUUUGAAUUCUGGAUUCUGUACAGGAAAGCUAUAUCCAGAUUUAGCUACUAGGCACUGUUCUAGUCCUGGUUCAGGCCAUAAUUCAGUUGGUGGGGAUCUGACAGGGCAUAAUUCUCCGAUACCCAGUCCUGGAAUGAAAAGUCCUGGUUUCAGUUCCAGGAUACACAGUGGUGCUGUCACCCCUCUUCAUCCACGUGCUGGAAGUGCUGCAUUAGAAUCGCCCACAAGACGCCCUGAUGACGUGAAACAGACUCACCGAUUACCUCUUCCUCCAAUAACAAUACCUAAUCAUUGUCCAUUUUCUCCAACAUAUUCUGCAACUACUACUCCUUCAGCGCCUCGUAGUCCCAGCAUAGCAGAAAAUCUAACAUAUCCUGGCUCGCGCUGGAAAAAGGGGCAACUGCUUGGAAGGGGGACAUUUGGGCAUGUAUAUCUUGGUUUUAACAGUGAAAGUGGUGAGAUGUGUGCAAUGAAGGAGGUAACUCUUUUUUCAGAUGAUGCUAAAUCAAGGGAAAGUGCUCAACAACUUGGCCAAGAAAUUGCAUUGCUAAGUCACCUGCGGCAUCCAAAUAUAGUCCAAUAUUAUGGAUCUGAGACGGUAGAUGAUAAACUUUAUAUAUACUUGGAGUAUGUCUCUGGUGGGUCAAUCUAUAAGUUGCUUCAACAGUAUGGCCAGCUUAGUGAAAUUGUUAUUCGUAAUUAUACUCGGCAAAUUCUGUUAGGUCUUGCUUAUUUACAUGCUAAAAACACUGUUCAUAGAGACAUUAAAGCCGCAAACAUAUUGGUGGAUCCUAAUGGGAGGGUAAAAUUGGCAGAUUUUGGCAUGGCAAAGCAUAUAAGUGGGCAAUCCUGUCCAUUAUCUUUCAAAGGAAGUCCUUACUGGAUGGCACCUGAGGUGAUAAAGAAUUCAAAUGGUUGUAAUCUUGCUGUUGAUAUAUGGAGCCUUGGCUCCACCGUUUUCGAGAUGGCUACUACAAAACCUCCUUGGAGCCAAUACGAAGGGGUUGCGGCUAUGUUUAAGAUUGGAAACAGCAAGGACCUUCCUGCAAUGCCAGAUCAUCUAUCAGAAGAUGGAAAAGAUUUUAUCAGGCAAUGCUUGCAAAGGAAUCCAGUGCAUCGUCCCUCUGCUGCUCAACUUCUGCUGCAUCCAUUUGUUAAAAAAGCCACACUGGGAAGACCUGUUCUGUCUGCUGAUCCUUUAGAAGCAAAACCUGAUUUUGUAAAUACUAUGAGAUCUCUGUGAAGCCCAUACACCAAGGAACAUUUCAUAUCCUGUGUCUCCUACUGGGAACCCACUUUUGCCUCCUAGGUUACUGCAUGUGAGUGGAAGGCUGUCUCCAUCUAGUCCUCACACUGCAUCUGGCUCAUCU